GUUUAUAUAAGAAAGGGAAAAAGUAACAAAAAAUUAUAUAUAUAAAAAAGGAAAAGCAAAGCUCUUCUUUUGUCAAUUUGUUUCAUUUCCAAGCAAAGGAAAAGAAAGACCUUAGACUUUUAAUUAAAUCUUUAUAAAGAGAAGCAAAAAAAAAAAAAAUAAAAAUUCAGACUCCAAAAUACAAGCGCCAUUGUCAGAACCAUUUUAGAUAAAAAUGGGUGAUCAUCUGGUUUUAAGCGUUGACCGUCUCAUAACACCUGAAAGUUUGCAAUCAAUACAACAAGCUGAGGCUGCAGGAUCUUCUGGUGAAGGUUCUUCUCAAGUUGCUGAGCCACAUGCUUGUGCUAUUGUUGUUAAGGAAGUGGAAGAACACGAGGAAGUGGAAGAACAUGGCUCGUGUGAUGAAGAAGAACCACUUAUCCAGACAGUUGAAUGCCGAAUCUGCCAGGAGGAGGACAGCAUUAAAAAUUUGGAGACACCUUGUUCAUGCAGUGGCAGUUUGAAGUUUGCCCACAGGAAAUGUGUUCAGCAUUGGUGCAAUGAGAAGGGAGAUGUAACUUGUGAGAUAUGUCAUCAGCCUUACCAACCGGGAUAUACUGCGCCGCCACGUCCCCCGCAGUCGGAGGAUGCUACAAUUGAUAUCAGUGAGGGUUGGACAAUCUCUGGUGCUCCCUUGGAUUUGCGUGAUCCUCGAAUUUUAGCAAUGGCAGCUGCAGAACGCCAUCUUUUGGAGGCAGAUUAUGAUGAAUAUGCUGAUACCAAUGCUAGUGGAGCUGCAUUUUGCCGCUCUGCUGCCCUAAUUCUAAUGGCUCUUCUACUCUUGAGGCAUGCUCUAUACCUAACCAAUGGAGAUGGGGACGAUGAUGCAUCUACAAUUUUCUCUCUUUUCCUGCUUCGUGCUGCCGGCUUUCUUCUCCCAUGUUACAUCAUGGCCUGGGGCAUCAGCAUAUUGCAACGCCGAAGGGAGAGACAGGAAGCGGCAGCUCUUGCAGCAACUGAAGUUGCAUUUAUGAUACAGGCAGGGCAACGUCGGGGUGUACAGUUCAGUAUAGCACCAGAACCUGCAGAGACUCCUCAUCAGGAGCCACUUCAAUAAUGUGACAGUCCUUUUCUCUGGUAAGAGGCAAUGGUGGUGAAGAGGGUAGGUUAGUAAUGAAGCUAUGGGUAAAUUGUUUUACUCAAUCUACUAGCAGUGAAAGAACGAUGUGGUUGUGUUCCUUGCAGUUAUUUUGUUGUAUUGUUUUUCAGAAAACCCUGAAGGCCUUCUCUGUUUUCCUCCUUAUUUGAAGGCAUUAAUUUCACUGUUUAUGUUUGUACUCACAUCUUGAAUCUCAUUGCCUCAUAUUCUCUGCAUGAGGAACUUGGAUUACUGGAGUUGUUGUCGGAGAAAUAUAAAUCCAAACUUUCUUGGAUA